AUGGUGCAAGUACACACAAAGACAUUCGUGAACCAAGAAGAAAAGAAAAGCCCUUCUAUACUCAGCCAAGAUCAACAUGUCUUCGAUGAACCAGCAUUUAUUGAAGAAUUGGAUAUGGUUAUGGAUAAGGCAUGGAAGAAAUUCGAGGAAACAAGGUCACCAAAGUCACCGACAGUUGAUUUGAGAUCAAAGGAAGAGGAAAAAGAUAAGAACAAAGAAGAGAGAAAUGAAGAGAAUAAAGACAAAAACUUGUUGAUUCCCUCACCAGUAGUUGGUUGUCUCCUAAUUAUUUGGGAUCAAAAGAAGAAGAAAAAAGAGCAGGACAUAAAAGAGAGAAACGAGGAGGAAAAAAUUGAGAAGAAAGAGAAAAGGAAUGAGGAGUCACCAAAAAACCCAAUUCCUCCAAAAAAGAAGCAACCUUUUGAUAUAACUCCUCCAAGUUUCAACUUAUUGACCCCCUCACCAGCAGUUUGGUAG